AUAGCGCCUGUUUGGUCUCAGAAUUUCUGUCACAUUCCUUAGUUUGUGUACAUGUUCUCUGACAGGACACUGGAGGAAAAGCAGAUACAGUGGUUGGAAGAAAAGCAUAAACUUCAGGAGCGUAUCACGGACAGAGAAGAGAAGUAUAAUCAAGCUAAAGAGAAACUCCAGCGAGCUGCAACUGCUCAGAAAAAGAGAAAAUCUCUUCAUGAAAACAAAUUGAAGAGACUUCAGGAAAAAGUGGAAGUCUUGGAGGCAAAGAAAGAAGAAUUAGAAACAGAAAACCAGGUGUUGAAUAGACAAAAUGUUCCAUUUGAAGAAUAUACAAGGCUUCAAAAACGACUGAAGGACAUACAGAGAAGACAUAAUGAAUUUCGAAGUCUGAUUUUGGUUCCUGACCUGCCUCCACCAGCCUCGCUCCAUCCUGCUAAUUUUCAGUCGUCAGCUGUAGUUCCUGGAAUGGAAUUCUCCUUUCCUCCUCAUAUGCAGGAGGAACAACAUCAAAGAGAACUCUCUCUACUUCGCAAAAGACUGGAGGAACUAGAAACCACACAACGAAAACAGCUGGAGGAACUUGGCUCUCCUGGGGAGUGAUGCUGAAGAAAGGCCAAGCCAGGAACUCAAUAAAGCAUGAGGUUGAACAGGUGCCAUUGAGAUGCUUUGUUAGCGUUUGUUUGCCUCGGGGAAAGGUCCAUGUGCCGCACUGCAUGGGCUCCGGGGUUGUAGGGUUAUGGUAACCGAAGUCAAGUGUCUGGAGUUUCAGAUACUUAGAGCACGUGUUGACAGUACAGAAGAGAAAGGGAACUAACUAAUUAAGGAAUCAAGUUUUCAUAUUAACAAUUUUUAUUUUGUUGAAUUUUUUUUCUGGCAUUUUGCCUGAAAUAUAUGCCUCUUGAAUUCCUUUUUCCUUGUCUUUGAGAUAUCUGUUUGGCAAUAACAUGAUCAGUAAACAUCUCCUUUAUUGUAUACAAAACAAGAGUUUUGGGAAAAGAUGACCAUUUAAAAGUAUAAAAAACAAAAAUUUCUAAAUAUAAAAGUUUCAAAAUAUAUGUUCAUUAUAGAAAUCUUUACCUUUCUAAAAGCUGUGCACUUAAUUUAUUAAAUAACUUAAUAAAUAUUUUUAUAUCUA